AUGUUAUCCAGUGAAUCGAAAACGCAGAAUACUUUUAGUAAUGCGACGAGUGACACGAAAUAUUAUUUCAAAUUUAGGAAUUUCGAAUUUGAUCAAUUGGAAAACCAAGAAUUUAAAGGGUUAGGUUAUCCUGGAGCGUCACAAGAUGAUACUAUUGAUUCCAAGAAGUUAAAUACAACAUCUUUUGAUAAAUCAGAAGAAAAAUUAUUACCACCAUUAAAUUGUGAAAAGUUUAAAAAUGAGCUCUCCAUUUAA